AUGGCCGUCACGCGCGCGCACGUCAGCGCGUACGCCACGUGCGCGUCGUUCACGUCGAUCGAUGCGCGUCUAAAACGCUUCGAGACGCGAAGAAACGGCGUCACGCGUCGUCCGGGACGAUUCCAACUCGCGCAGGAAUCCAACGCCAAGCGCCCGCACGGCGUCGUUCACGUCCCGCGCGACGCGCGAACACGCGCGUCGUCGAUCGAUCGUCCGUCGACAUCGAACGCGACGACCAACGGGUCUCACAUCGACGCCAACGCGCUCGCAUUCGUGGAUUUCUUCCGUCAGGCGUCGCCGUACAUCGCGCUGCACCGCGGGUCGACGUUCGUCGUGUUGAUCCCGGGCGAGACGGCCGCGGAUCCCGAGAGAUUGGGUGGAGUCGUUCGUGACGUCGCGUUAUUACACGAUUUAGGCGUUCGCGUCGUCUUGGUCGUCGGGGCGAGCGAUCAGGUGAGCGAACUGACGCGAGUAAAAGGCGGGUCGGUGACGUUCUUCGACGACUAUCGCGUGACGGACGACGUGGCGAUGGAGAGCGCGAUGGAGGCGAACGGGAGGAAUCAAGUCUUAGUACAAGCGUUGUUGAGUCGAGCGCCGACGGUUUCGAUCGCGAGGAGGCAUAAGGAUGGGGACGGGGAUGGCGACGGCGGCAUAGGGAGCAACGGAGCGAGCGUGGUGGCGACGAGCGGGAAUUACAUCUUCGCAAAGCGUAUGGGCACGGUGAGAGGGACGGAUUUUCAACGUACGGGAGAGGUAACGAGAGUGGACGCGAGAGGGAUUAAGAAGAAACUCGCGCAAGGUGACAUCGUGCUCCUGUCGUCUCUCGGAUUCAACGCCGCCGGGGAGGUUUUGAAUUGUCAGUCGUUCGACGUGGCUCUCGCGACGGCAAUCGAUUUGAAGGCGGACAAGCUCAUUGUCAUGACGGAUCCGUCGCAUAUGCCGUACGAGGGGAGUCACGGAGUGGGCGAGCGCGUACCGAGAUUCCUAUCGCUUCGCUCGGCGGAGCAAUAUUUGGCGAAGACGUACGCGGCAAAGGAAUCAAGCAAGGUAGGCGUGAACGGAUCGUCAAGCUGGCGAUGGUUACAGAUGGACUACAUGAUCGACGGAUCUGACGCAGUGGACGUGAACGCUUCGAUGGAUGUUCGUGCGGAACACAUGUUCGACAACAUGCGAGGCGUGAACGACAGUAUCUCGCGAUUUGAGGCGAUCAUGGAGCGCGACUUGACGUGGCGCGUUCCACAUUGUCCUCAAGAGCUCAGUCUCGCGACGUUCGCGUGCAAGGCGGGUGUGCGUCGAGCGCACUUGGUGGACCCGACGGUUUCGGGAUCACUUCUCGUCGAGCUGUACACGCGCGAUGGUAUCGGUUGCAUGGUCGCUCGGGAUCGAUACGAAGGGAUGCGUCUGGCUUCGAUGGCAGAUUGGGAGAGCAUCAAGCGCAUUCUUGAACCGCUCGUCGCGAACGGCGCCGUGAUCGAGCGAUCCGACGAAGAUCUCAUCGAUGAAGUAAAUAAGGGUUACUUCCACGUCACCGAGCGCGACGGUAAAGUCAUCGCCUGUUGCGCGCUCAAGCCAUGCGGCUCAAACGGAGACGCGCACGAGGUCGCCGCGUUCGCGGUGUUGCCAGAGUACCGACGCGGAGGACGAGGCGACGCCCUGCUCGAGUACGCAGAAAACUACGCCGUAGAGACGCUUGGAGCGUCCAACUUGUUCCUUCUGACCACACGCACGGCGGACUGGUUCGUUCAGCGUGGUUUCGAGAACAAGGGACUGGCGGAAGGUAACGAUGAGCUUCCGCCCGGGAAAACCGUCCAGAGCGGUCGUGGUAGCAUCCUCUUCGUCAAGUAUAUCUAA